CAGCCAUGAACCAAGCACAAGAGGAACUUCUGCGGAGCUGUCCGUACAACCCCGUCCACAAGGUGAAGCGUAGUCGCUUCCUGAUUCACUUGCUCAAAUGUCGAAAGGCUCACGCCGACAAAAAUUUCACAAAAUGUCCAUUCAGUGCGGAGCACGUGGUCCCCGCUCACAAGCUUAUGGACCACGUCUACUGCUGCCCCCUGAACUUCACAGCCGAAGUCUUCGCCGCUAAAACAGGUAACGUGGACAAGCCUUGUCCAUUUUCUAAGAAAGACUCUGUCUUCUGGGAUAACUUAAGGCUGAAGAAGAGGGUUUUCCUGUUCGUCUUCGUCGUUGUCCUUGGCCUGCUGCUCACCAUAGCCUGGUUCUUCUCGCGAGACAAAGUGCGCGCCGGCAGCGAGAAAGCACUGCUCUGUCUCACGGAUGAUUGCCGCGAAUAUGCCUUGUACUUAGACUUCCGCCGCAAUCUUUCCGUGGACCCCUGCAAUGACUUUUACACCCAUGUCUGUUCUUCGUGGCAGCCCCCUUACGGCUACGGCCAGAUCGCCAGUACAGCGAUGGCCGAGAUCAUGAUCAAGUGGAUACGGUCCUUCGCAGAAUUUUUAGAUCAGGCAGCGAGCACCAGCGAGGUGGGAAAGAAGCCGCAGGCGCUGUUCGAGGCGUGCGUGGCAGAUCGUUCGACGGACCUCUCUGACGUCAAGCGCUUUCGUGGAUUUCUUUCUGAGCUCAACCUGUCGUGGCCGGAGCCACCGCCUGUUAUACCUAGCGCGCUCGGCGUGCUGAUCGACUUAUCCUUAAACUGGCACGACACCUUCUGGCUAACGCUUAGAGUGGAUGCGGGUAACGAUUCGCAGACGGAGAAGCGUCGCAGAAAGAGGUUGCUGAUAACACCGGGAAACGAAGAUACACUCGCCUUCUUCGCCAGAAACCAUUUUCACGUGCUAAAGCACAACGCCUACAUGGAUUACUGGAAGAUGCAUUUCAAGGCGCUCUACGACAACCAAACCAUCCCUCUCACGGAAAAAGACAUCUUCGAAAGCUGCUCGCUACAGACGAUGGUUGUGAAUCUCCUGCUCGACGCCAUGAAACGGAAAUCGAAGGUGCCGCUUCUCAUUCCACUCUCUCGCAUCGGCGAUUACACGGGAAGACUGAAUUCGUCACUGUGGUUGGACCAGCUCAACUCUCACGUUAACGAACGAUUCUCAUUCACUGGCGAAGACGAAGCGUUUGUAGAAGACCGCUACUAUCUUGAGGCAAUCGGUGAACUAUUCACAAAGUACGAUGAUGAAGUCUUGCUCCGUCAAAUGUCUUGGGAGUUCGUUCAGACCCACAUCGUCGUGUUGGACAAAGCGCCCUUGGAGAUAGCCCUUUGGGGUGAAGUCCACGCUGCACGUUACAUUCCACUCUACUGCGCUAUGUACGUCGAAGACGUCUACAGGCCACUCCUAGCUUACUUGUACUCCACUUCACGUCUGACAUAUCGCGACCGCCUUCUUGUCAACACUGGCCUGGAGAGCGUCGUGCGACAAGUCACGAGGAAGGUGAACACGUCCUGGUUAAGCGAAUCAAGCAAAGCGACAGCCCUGCAGAAGUACAUGUCCAUGCGCUUCAGACUGUGGCCACCGGACCUCCCCCAAGAAGAAGUCGAAAGGUUCUACAGAUGCUUUCCCAACAGUGGGAGGUCCUUUGUGCAGAUAUGGAUCGAAGGACAUGAGUGCAUGCGUCGUGUACCGGACACUCCUUUUCAAGAGAGCAGUCGUGGUAUGCACAGCGUCAUAUCUUCCCGCUCAUUCAUUUACGACUACCUUUCAAACUCAAUUGACGUGGCCAUUACAACUUUCUCUCGCCCCGUUUAUUACUCGUACGGGACGAGAGCCAUGUUUUAUGGUGGCGUAGGGUUCUUGUUCGCCUCGCAGAUAAUGAAGGCGCAAGAUCCGACGGGUCUCUCCAUUACAGCUAACGAAAGCGUUGUGGAAGGUUCCUGGAUGGCACCCUACGACUCGGAUGAGUUCCAGAACAGGGUUCAGUGCCUUGGCAACGGUACCGAAGAUUACCUCGUCUCCCACGUCGCUGCGCUGGAAGUUGCGUACUCGGCGUUUGCCGCAGGCGACGACAUCGAUUACAGUCGCCGUCCAAUAAGCAGGAACCUGACGGAAGCUCAGGUCUUCUUCUUGAUGUUGUGCCAUGCCAUGUGCCACGUCGCGAAGCCUGUGCGAGAUCUAUCCACCGACUGCAACAUGCUGCUCAAGAACUCGCCGCACUUCUCCGAAGCCUUCCACUGUGCUCGCGGAUCGCCAAUGAACCCGGAAAGAAAAUGCGGCUUCUUCGAAUGA